AUGUUCGAUCCAGUGGAAAGUGUUGGAGACGAAGGUUUGAUCCGCGCUGUUCAAAGGUUUUGGGACACAGAAUCGCUUGGCAUCUUCGAGCCAAACCCGUCGCUGGAGAAGGAGUUUUUGAGAGAUUCAAAUUUCAACAAGAACCAGGGUCGAUAUCAAGUGAGCCUUCCCUGGAAGGAUGAUCGUAUGCCCACAACAAAUGGAUAUUUUCCAUGUUCGAAACGACUACGACAACUGCAUUCACGCUUGAGAACUGAUCAAGAGCUGCUUGAACAGUACGAUGAAGUCAUACAAGAGCAAAUAAAGUCAGGUAUAAUCGAGAAAGUCCCUGGAUGUUCGGCAAGCGAUGAAGCAACGCAUUUUCUACCUCAUCACGGCGUGAUUCGAGAAGAUAAGGCGACUACGAAGGUUCGAGUAGUUUUCGACGGGUCAGCGAAGCACGGUUCAUCGAAUUUGUCCCUCAACGACUGCCUGGAAAAGGGACCGAACUUAGUUCCCCACCUAUUUGACGUCGUUGUAAAGUUCAGGGGUUACCCUGUAGGAAUCGUGGCCGAUGUGGAAAAGGCGUUCCACCAGAUUGAGAUAAAUCCAGAUGACCGGCGAAUGUUGCGCUUCGUGUGGUUCGACGAUAUACACAAGGAACAUCCAGACAUUGUUGAAUAUCAGUUUUGUCGCCUAGUAUUUGGGUUGACCCCAAGCCCAGCUAUUUUAAAUUCGGUUAUACAAAGUCAUUUGGAAUCGCAAAAAACGAAAGAACCCGAAGUCGUUGCAUUGUUGCAAGAGUCGUUCUACGUGGAUGAUUUGGUUGGAGGUGCGAUGGAAGAUGACCAGGCUUUAGAAAUCUACGAAAAAGCAAACGACAUCAUGAACUCUGGCGGAUUUAAAUUGCGAAAAUGGAAUUCCAACUCGACAAUUCUUCGGACGAAAGUCGCCGGCAAACUGAAGUGCAGUAAAGUCGACGAAACCGUAUUAACUGAAGUGAAACCCCUCGAGAGUAAGCAAGACGUGUUUACCAACUCGACAGAAAAGGAAAACCGAACUGAGAGAGAUUCAAACGAAGCGAAUGACGACAUUUUGUCCGCGCGAUCCGAAGCUGAUGACGAUCCCAAACCAGAAUGUUCUAUAAAAAUUCUAGGACUGAAUUGGAAUAUCAACACUGAUGAAAUUCACUAUGACCUAACUGCAUUGGUGAACUUUGCGGCAACACUUAAUCCUACGAAGCGAUCAGUGCUACGACUCGCGGCUAAAGUGUUUGAUCCACUUGGAUUCCUUACCCAUUUACGAUCUGUAUGAAAGUUUUGUUCCAAACUCUGUGUGUUCAUGGCGUUAAUUGGGAUGACGUGUUAGACGGAGAAGAGUUAGCGGCAUGGAAAAGAUUUAUCGUAGACCUCUCAGCAUUGAACGACAUUCGAAUACCUCGAUGUUACUUCCGAAGAACCAAAGAGAAACCGACAGGUCACCAGCUUCACGGGUUUAGUGACGCCUCAUCGAAGGCCUACGCAGCCGUAGUGUAUUUGUGAACAGUUCAUCAUAACGGAGAGAUUGAAGUAAAUCUUGUGGCCUCCAAAACGCGAGUGGCUCCGAUAAAAAAACAAUCCAUACCACGACUAGAAUUACUGGGUGCAACUAUCCUAGCUCGAUUGAUGAACUCUGUCCAGAAAGGGCUAACGUCAUUGAACACGACUCCUGAAGUAUUUUGUUGGACUGAUUCUUACACAGUUUUGUGUUGGAUCAGAAACGAGAAAGUUUGGAAAGCUUACGUCAAUCACCGUGUCCAAGAGAUACGGGACCUUGUCGAGAAAGAAUCCUGGAGAUUUUGCCCAGGCGAACAAAACCCCGCAGAUUUGCCAUCUCGAGGAAGUCGCGGAAUUGAGUUAACGAAGAAUACGACGUGGUGGAACGGUCCAGAGUUUAUUCGAAGCACCGAGGAGGCUUGGCCGAGUGAACCAGGACCUACGAAGAGUGACGAACUGAGCGCGUUUGCAGAAAUCACGAAGCCCAAGAUUGAACCAACGAUAACGAGAGCUUUAGCCAAUGUUACGAUCACCCCACCUAACGUAGAAGCCAUCAUGGAUUGCAACCGGUACAGUACCAAAGAGCAACUUUACGAGUAACAGCGUUAUUAAAGAGAUUCGGUGACAAAACGAGGAGACAGCCAGUGUCAAUUGAAGUAACUGCGAAUGAACUAAGAGCAGCUGAAAAACUUUGGGUGAAUACCAUACAGGCAAGCAAUUUCGAAGACGAAAGGUCAUAUCUCCAAGGAGUUUCGAAGAAAGAACCGCUGCUCGUAAGACAGUUGGAUUUAUUCUUGGACGAAGAAGGUACGAUUCGAUGCCAAGGUCGAAUAGAUAAAUCAUCAUUACCCAUGACGACAAAGCGGCCAAUACUUCUUCCUGCACGACAUUUCUAUACGCAACUUGUAAUUCGCAACUGUCACGAAGUCGUCCAUCACAACGGUGUCAAAGAAACAUUGAACUGCAUUCGCGAAGUAUAUUGGAUUCCAAGAGGUCGAGAAGCCGUUAAACGCGUAAUUGGAGUAUGUGUUACAUGUAGAAAACACGAAGGGAAGCCAUACGGUACACCAAAGUUCGCCCAGCUACCAUCAUGUAGA